AAGAGCUAUUUGGUGAAGGGAAAGCAAGGUUGUUGGUGCGCGGCGAGGGUCUUACCUGCUGGGGCAGGUUGUGGCUGGUUGCAGGGUUUCUGGAACAGAAGAGCCGUGUCAUCCCCCCUUCCGUCCUCUCGUACCCCCCUUCCCCCUCCCUGUGUGUUCCCCUGUGUGUUGGUGACCCCGCAACCCCCCCCGCUCCCCUUUGAACCCUUGUGUCGUGUCGCUACCCUGACCCAAAGCCGCCCUCUCACCCCAUGCUUGGGACAAAGCCAACCCACUGCCAGCCCAAUGACUGCCUGGAUCGUCCUGCCUGUCAGCCUGUCUGCCUUCUCCAUCACAGGAAUAUGGAUAGUAUAUGCCAUGGCUGUGAUGAAUCACCAUGUUUGUCCCGUGGAAAACUGGUCCUACAACGUAACGUGCACAGAGGAGCUGCUCCGUCCAGGCUUUCCCAAGACCUGUUGCACCAUCCAGGACAUCCCCCUAAUCAGUAAAUGUGGUUCUUUCCCUCCUGAAAGCUGCCUGUUCAGCCUCAUCGGCAAUGUAGGAGCCUUCAUGGUGGUGAUGGUGUGCCUUCUGCGCUACGCCCAGGUGAUAGAACACAGCCACGGGUGUUGGGUCAACACCAGCGCUCUGGUGUCGGGUUGCACCAACGCGGUGGGUCUGGUCAUGGUGGGCAACUUCCAGGUUGACCACGCCAAGUCUCUGCACUAUGUGGGCGCUGGUGUGGCCUUCCCAGCAGGGCUUCUUUUUGUGUGCUUACAGUGUGUGCUCACCUACCGGGUGGCAGUGACCGCCCUGGACUACUGGAUGGCACACCUCCGUGUGGCUCUGGCACUCGCAGCCAUGGUCUCCCUCGUCCUCAGCGGCAUCUUCUUUGUGCACGAGAGCUUCACGCUGCAGCACGCCGCCGCCAUCUGCGAGUGGGUCUUCACCGUGGACAUCCUGGUCUUCUACGGCACCUUCACCUACGAGUUCGGCACGGUGACGGGCGACACCUUGAUGGCGGGCCUGCAGCAGUGCCUCCACCACGGCUCGGGGGUGAUCCUGGGCCCCAGGGCCCGGGACUCUGCGCUGAGCGCGGGCAGCGCCGCCACCACCAAGGGCCUCAAGUCGCCCGGCGGCAGCAGCACGUCCACACAUCUCAACUGCACCCCGGAGAGCAUAGCCAUGUUGUAGCUGGCAUGGCAACUACUCUUUUUUUACAACUAAUAUCAGUCUUUCCCCUCCAGGUGUCCUCACCACUAUGAGGUGUCCAGGUGUCCUCACUAUGAGGUGUCCUCACCACUAUGAGGUGUCCUCACUAUGAGGUGUCCUCACCACUAUGAGGUGUCCAGGUGUCCUCACCACUAUGAGGUGUCCUCACCACUAUGAGGUGUCCAGGUGUCCUCACCACUACAAGUCCAGUCCAUGCCAGCUGAGAACUGGAAGGAGAUCCACUGCAAUACCAACAUUUUAAAACUAUAAGCUCUUUUCUACUAAUCGCUUUGCUCUUGUUAGUUUUUUCUAUGAGUUCUUACUAAGUUCUAGUAAAGAUCUGACUUGUCUGGUGAAGAUGGCCAACUACCUCUGCCAAGGAGGUCAUGUUCUUUAUUUCCAUGUGAGCAGGAGGAUGCUAAGCUAAGGUUCAAAAGCUGCCAGGUAUGUUGGAUCCACGAGGAUGCCUUGGUGGAGGUUUUCUUUUUCUACUCUUCAUCACCGAUCAAUGGAUCUGACUUUUGCACGGCACUUUUUGAACGACACAAUAUUAUCGUGUUUUUCCGGAUUAUAAGUCGCGGUUUUUUUUCAUACCGUAUUUUUCAGAGUAUAAGUCGCGCCGAAGUAUAAAC